AUGGGAUCCCGGGUCGCACACUUCCGGCAAAACAGGCACUCGAUACAGCAGAUUGAAGUCAGAAUAUGGGGUCCUCCAUUGGGUCGAGAGAUAAAGGAGAGAUCGACAUCCCCCCAGCGCAUCAGGUACGACUUGCCAUACUUCAAACACGACAUACAGGCUAAAUGGCCAGCAGAGGAGAGAUGUCGCUUCGAGAGGUACAGAUCAACCCGUUUCCCUUCAGUUAAUAUUGGGGAAAAGCCUUGGUCAGAGGAAGAGCUACAGUGGCUUGGAAACGAGGGCAUAAACUUCGACAAAAUGGUCGAGAGGGCUAAGAUUCGUCAUCACGAGGAACACCCUGCGGAUGCUGGGAUCAAGACUCGCAAAAUUGUCACGGUUUUGAGAGGAAAACACCGAGCACAGUGGCUGAAGAACCCGUUCCAGGAGCACUUUGACCUUCAUACGAGAUCCUGUGAAGCGUACAGGUGCGACCGGGCGUUUUCCUUCGCCCAGAACGGUUUUGUGAAUCAAGUGUGGGGUGAUGCCCAGCAGUUCAUGUGCAUGUAUGGUUACAGGUAUGAAGUUGACGACGACUAUAGGAUGGCAGCUAUGCAGGUCAAGGAUAUCAUAAGAGAGCAGGGAUUGGAGGUUUCUGACGAUGAGGAGUGGGAAGACGAGGACGAGGACGAGAAUGCGUGGGAGGAUACGGACGAGGACGUUUGUGAGUGUGAGCACGAUAAGUGCGAGUGCGCUGAGGGUAUUGACUAA